AUGAGGUGGGAUCGGAGAAUCUACCUGCACGCUUUCGUCAACGAUGUCACCGUCCUGGUCCCCGUGCUGAACGACUCCAAACACUCUUUUGCCAUCUACACUCCUGAGCGGACCAAACAGAGGUGGCCAAUCAGACUCUCAGCAGCUACAGAGCUGGAGAUGCAAGACUGGCUGGCGUUGUUGAGCGUCUCCUGCUGCGACUCCAGAGGGAUCCAGGGUCCUCCCUCCAAACAGGCCUUCUGGUCCAUCACCUGCAAAGGAGACAUCUUCGUCAGUGAGCCCUCCCCCAUUCAGGAGGCCAUGCCUUACCCCACAUCCUGCGACCAGAUGUUUUGGCGGCAGGUAGGGGGUCACCUCCGUAUCGUGGAGUGCAACAGUGUGGGCAUAGUGUGGGGGAUCGGCUACGACCACACGGCCUGGGUCCACACCGGAGGAUACGGAGGCGGCUUCUUCCAGGGCCUGGCCAGCAGCACGGAUAACAUUUACACACAGUCAGACUCCAAGAGCGUCUACAUCUAUGAGAACCAGAGGUGGAACCCCGUCACCGGAUACACCAACAGAGGGCUCCCUACAGACCGCUACAUGUGGAGUGACUCAUCAGGACUUCAUGAGUGCACAAAAACAAAUAUGAAACCCCCCUCCCCUCAGUGGACAUGGGAGUUUCGAAGACCCUUUAACAUCAUGCGUUCCCACUGA